AUGGAGAAACCACCAAUAGCUGCCAUCACGCACCUCGAAAGCGUGACAGCUGCAGAAGUUGCCAGAGAAGUCCAAGCAGUGGGUGAGAAUGAAGCCAAAGUGAUUCAGCAAACACUCGAUAGCUCGCGACAAGGCGGCUAUACCCCCAUCACCGCCGAGGAGAAAGCCCAACAUCGAAACCUAAAUCGCAAGCUCGACCUAUUCCUAGUCCCCUUUUGUGCUCUCAUCUAUCUCUUCAACGGUCUUGACCGUAGCAACCUCGGAAACGCUCAGACAGAUGGAUUUACCAACGACCUGGGCAUGCCCGCUUCAGCAAUCAACACGGCCACGUCUCUGUUCUUUGCUACUUAUGUCCCUUUGCAACCCUUUUCGGCAUCCAUAGGCAAGAAAGUUGGGCAAACUUACUGGCUGGGCAUAAUCGGCGUAGGAUGGGGCGUCCUCACACUGGGCCACGCUUUUAUCAAGACUGAGUCCCAACUCAUUGCGAUCCGGCUUCUAAUCGGAGUGUUUGAAUCUGGUUUCUACCCGACUGUUGUUACCUAUAUGUCCCGGUUUUAUCCCCGGUACGACCUUGCAUUCCGUAUUGCUCUAUUUUACGGCAGCUACGCCAUCGCUGGAGCUUUUGGUGGAAUCAUUGCGUAUGGAUGCUUUAAAAUCGAGGGCAGUCUGCACGGUUGGCAGUAUUUAUUUAUUAUUGAGGGAACUUGCUCUAUUGGUAUCGCUCUUGUGACGCCGUUCUGGUUGGCGAAAAGCCCAGGGACAGCAUGGUUUUUGACUGAAAAUGAACGAGCGUAUGCUGAGAACCGUAUGGUCAUUGACACCACGGCUAACUUGGAUUCGACCACAAAGCUCAAUCGACGCGACAUUAUUGAGGGCUGCAAGGACUGGAAACUUUGGUUUGUACUGCCAUUCAAUAUACUUACCAGUGUACCGCCGCAAGGGUUCACUAUAUUUUUUCCUCUUGUGGUUAAGGGUUUGGGUUACUCCGGGCCCACUACGAAUCUUAUGACCGUCCCUCCUUAUGUUAUCGGCGCCAUCUUCCUCCUCUGCUUCGCUUGGUCAUCAGACCACUUCCGCAACCGUCUCUACCACAUUCUCGUAGCCCUUAGUAUCGUCAUGAUAGGACUAAUCCUAACCAUCACCCUCCCACUCGAAAAUACUGGCGGUCGUUACGCAGGUUUAGUAAUCUUGCUCGCAGGCACAUUCAUCACGUCCCCUCUAACGGCAGCCUGGCUUGCAGGCAAUACUCCCGAACCCGGCAAGCGGACCGUCGUCAUCGGCAUCAACGGCUGGGGGAAUCUUGCGGGCAUCAUCGGCAGUGAGCUGUUCCUAGCGAAGUACAGUCCAGACUAUCGCUAUCCGCUUUCAGUCACGUUAGGUUUGGUUGCGGUCUCUUUGCUGGGAUAUACGGCGUAUCGCUUUGUGCUGCAGUUUGCGAAUAAGCGGAAGGCGAAGAAGGUCGCUGCGAUGACCCCGGAGGAGAUUGAGGAUGAGAAUUCGAAUGACGUUCGGUAUGCGGAUGCGAAGUAUACUUUUGUUUAUGGUCUGUAG